CCGGGGGAGGCUGCCGCUGCCCGCGGAGGAGAAGGGAUCCUCUUUGACGUCAAGCCAGCAGAACCGAACGAUCGCUCGUUCAUAUCCGGGUCCCCGGGCGGCUCCCCCGGGCCGCGCUCGGCCGUGAGCGAGGCGGAGGCGGGCAGGGCAGGGCAGGGCGGCCGCCCGCCCGCCCGGCGGUGACCGGCGGCGAGCGCAGCAUGCCCGCCGCCUCAGAGGCGCCCGCCUCCCGCCGCCGCUGCCCAUGGAGAUCGCGCUGGUGACUCUGGAGAACGGCGGCACCACGGCCAUCGCGGGCGGCGAGGAUGCCGCGGCCGGCGGCAGCGCCCGGCCCCGGCGGCGGGGGAACUUGCUCCACCUCGCCGGCUCCGCCGCCGUGCCGCGGCUGAGCGACGGCAAGGAGGGUGCCCCGCCGCCGCCGGCGGACGACGAGCGGCAGCGGCCCCCGCCGGCCCCCCGGGGAGGCGGCGGCGCGGGCGGCCCCGAGGGCCAGGCGGCGGCGAGCGGAGCCCCCCCCGCGCCCCAGCCGCCGCCCCGCGCCCCGCGCCCCGGCGCGGCGGUGGAGAUGGGGCCCUCGGAGGAAGGGGGGCACCGCCGGGGCAUGGCCAUGGCGGCGGCGGGCGAGGAGGAGGAGGAGGAGGCGGCGGCGGCGGCGGCGACCCAGGGCGCCAUGCACCACCAGCGGGUGCUGAUCAACAUCUCCGGGCUGCGCUUCGAGACCCAGCUGGGCACCCUCAACCAGUUCCCCGACACGCUGCUGGGGGACCCCGAUAAGCGCAUGCGCUACUUCGACCCCCUCCGCAACGAGUACUUCUUCGACCGCAACCGGCCCAGCUUCGACGGGAUCCUCUACUUCUACCAGUCCGGGGGUAAGCUCCGCCGGCCCGUCAACGUCUCCAUCGACGUCUUUGCCGACGAGAUCCGCUUCUACCAGCUGGGCGAGGAGGCCAUGGAGCGCUUCCGGGAGGACGAGGGCUUCAUCAAAGAGGAGGAGAAGCCCCUGCCCCGCAACGAGUUCCAGCGCCAGGUCUGGCUCAUCUUUGAGUACCCUGAGAGCUCCAGCUCGGCCCGGGCCAUCGCCAUCGUCUCCGUGCUGGUCAUCCUCAUCUCCAUCAUCACCUUCUGCCUGGAGACCCUGCCGGAAUUCAGGGACGAGAGGGAGAUGCCCGUGCCCCUGCCUCCACAAAGAGGAGGUUUGAACGGCACGACCGGGGACUCCCCCCCCAUGCAGCCACCCAGCAGCCUCUCCGACCCCUUCUUCAUCAUCGAGACCACCUGCGUGAUCUGGUUCACCUUUGAGCUCCUCGUCCGCUUCUUCGCCUGCCCCAGCAAGCCCGAGUUCUCCCGCAACAUCAUGAACAUCAUCGACAUCGUGGCCAUCAUCCCCUACUUCAUCACCCUGGGCACCGAGUUGGCCCACGAGCAGCAGCAGCCCGGGGCUGGCAAUAGCAAUGGGGGCGGGGGCCAGCAGCAAGCCAUGUCCCUGGCCAUCCUCAGAGUCAUCCGCCUGGUCAGGGUCUUCAGGAUCUUCAAGCUCUCCAGGCACUCCAAGGGGCUGCAGAUCUUGGGACAGACUUUGAAAGCCAGCAUGAGGGAGCUGGGCCUCCUCAUCUUCUUCCUCUUCAUCGGCGUGAUCCUCUUCUCCAGUGCUGUCUACUUCGCUGAGGCUGACGACCCCGAGUCUCAUUUCUCCAGCAUCCCUGAUGCUUUCUGGUGGGCGGUGGUAACCAUGACCACCGUGGGCUAUGGGGAUAUGCGACCUGUCACCGUGGGGGGCAAGAUUGUGGGCUCCUUGUGUGCCAUCGCGGGUGUGCUCACCAUCGCCCUCCCUGUCCCCGUCAUCGUGUCCAACUUCAACUACUUCUACCACCGAGAGACUGAUCACGAAGAGCAAGCUAUCCUCAAAGAUGAACACAGUAGUGCUCAGGGCAGCACAGCGGGGGGAGAUGCGAAGAGAAGGUCCAGUAGAAACUCUCUGAACAAAUCUGUUGUGCACUUGGAAAACAGUGAGGGGUUCAACAAUGACACCAGCUCCUUAGAGAAAACCAAUAUCAAAGCGAAAAGUAACGUAGAUCUCAGAAAAUCCCUCUAUGCUCUCUGUCUGGACACCAAUAGGGAAACAGACCUGUAAGGAGAGGAGAGAGUUAGAGUUCAGAGGUGCAGACGGAUUUACCGGUGUCAGAAACUUACUACUAUAAUCAUUCUUUUGGUACCCACUAGUUUUUUAAAUCAGGCUAUAUUUUAUAAAUUGAUCACUGUCCUGAGUAGUACUCCAAGAAUACAUGUUUUUAUGUUCUUUUUCCAUGACACAAAGGGUCACCUAUUUUUAAAAUGGACUAAGAAUAAGCUACGCUCCAUGAUGCAGGAGCUGGUAAAUUAUGACAGUGCAAAAUCUAAUUUGUAGAAAGUUAUUUUAGCAAAUGGUGGUUGGUUUUAAAUGGGUCAUUUGUAACCAAUUCAGUUGCUCCAAGUUUAGUAUUAAAGAGUUGGGGGGAUGUGUGUGUGGAGAAUGAAUGGAGGGGGGGGUGUCAGUUUUUUGUACUGUAGUUUCAAACUGAAAUUAUUCCAAUAUAUUUUAUAUCUGUAUAACUGUAUUUAUGGUUGAAAGGGGAUUUCUUAUUCCUGUGAAAUACGACAUCGUUAAAGCACUAGAACAUUAGCAGAUCAGCACUUUCAGAGUUUUCCACUUGUGAUCAGUACAGAUCUGGUUAUCUAGUAUGUGAAGUGAAUUUGGUGCUUUUAACCCUAUAGCAGAAAACUUUUACUGUCAUUGAUAUGUUAGUUUCUUGUGAGCCUUAAAUUAUUAAAUAUUGUAGAUAUACUUCUUUAUAAAUAAUUUUAUUAAUUACCUUGCUGUUUCAGAAUUUCUAAAUUAAGUCAGUCCUGUGCUUACUGUCCCCACUCCAAAAAAUGUAUGUGCAGCUUUUUUUUUUUUUUUUCGGUAGUUUUAUACUUCAGUUAUAUUUUUGAGACCGGAAGAAAAAAAUUAUUGUCUGCUGUUACUUGUUGCGAUCCAAGUGCACAACAGAUCAAAAACAUGAGGGAGUGGAUAGAUAUAACGAGAAAGUAGAAUAUGAGUGCAAUAUCUGCAAAACUGUUUUCAUUGUACACUCCAGAUUACUUUGGCGUGUGUAUCAGUCACCUUUAUGUAUCCAUACCGUUUGUGUACACAGUUCACUGGUUUUAAUUAUCACAGACUGGAAACGGAUGGCACUUAAAGAGUCUAACAGGGCAUGCCGUGCUAUUUAAAUAACCAUUGCGUGGCUUUUAUCUUGGACUCGGACGGACAGCAUCGCCCUUCAUCAAAACACAUCCUUGUUUUCUUUUAUUUCCAAAGAAAACCUUUGCAGUGCUGUGGAUUUUACAGUUAAGAUGCUGUUGAAAGGCGAAUGACUCAUUAUCUUCAUCGUGAUAACACAGCACUGUACAGCUUACUAGUGAAGACUGACACAAAGAUGCUUCUUUAACUCAAAGAGCUGCGUUAUCAUUUUUCUUGCAAAGGACAUCCCUGUUUUCCCCUCAAACUUCUGUUUUAUUGCUGAAGGAUGUUUCAUGCCUUUACCACAUACAGUGGCACAGCAAGACUAGCAGAAAGAGAAGCCUUGAUUGUCAACGCUCAAGACGGGGAAUGAUGCUGUAAUAUGCUGAGAAACUGCAACAAGACGGACGGAGAAAGUGCCCAGUCCAGCUGCACUCCAGCCUCAGGCAGAUCGCCUGUUUGCUUUAGUGGGAGUUUUUGCAUCAAGGUGAAGUGCAGAAUUAGCCCUUUGGUGAGGCUGAAUCUAAACUGAAAGAAAGAAGUGGUGUAAUUGCCUGUUGCACAUGCUGAGAUCUAGAUCAUUGAUGGCCUUACAGUGAAGCUUUUUGCUCAAGCGAGUAGUUUGAUUUACUUGCAGUGAUUAAAUCCAUCUGACUCACCUGAGGAAGUACCAAACAAUUCAGUGAGUCUUUCAGAUCAAAUUUUGGUUGUGUCUUCCUCUGACUACUCACCCCCACGCUCCUGACCACUUUUGUCUUCCAUAGUUUGCUCUUCCAAUUGUGCAGGAUUAGACUGUCAGCUCCUCAGGGCAGGGGCAAUGUGUAUAUACCAUCCCUUGUUUAACGGCAGAACCCUGCUUAUUGGCCAAGGCUUCUGGAUAUUAAUGAUCUGAAUUACACAAUGGUAAUUACUGCAAUUAGUGGAGAAACACCGGUGUAAAACUGAUGUAGGUGAAAGCAGAUCAGGGCUAUGGGGGGUGGGUUGAGCUGAUCUGAAAAGCCCAUUGCUGAUGGAAAGGGAAAGUCUUGUCUUCUUCCUUUUCAGUUUUCUUCCUCCUUUUGUGUGCCCUUUUGUUCCUUACCCUGAACUGGUUCUGUCCUUGUGCAAGUGCUGCCUUCUCUACCGGGAGCUGCUUGAACUCACUAAUCUGGCAGAAAAUCCAAUGCAGCAACAACAACAACAACAAAGUAGGUCUUUUUCUGUCAAAUUAGUGAGUUGGAAAGCAAGCGAGUGCCAGAGCCAGUGCGAGGAAGGGAUGGGGAAGGUCAGUGAUGUGGGGAAGCAAGGAAGCAGGGAGGAGUGAAAUCCUCACCCUUCAGUGGCAGUGAACUGUCACAUUAAUCACAACUGCUUGUUGAACCCUACUUCAUGUUUGCCGAGGUACCCCAGGACUUGGUCUCGCAAGGCUUUAACUUCCCACCGGAGCCAGUCUGCAAAAUUCAGCUCUGGAUUCUGGCGUAUGUGCCCUGCUGUAACCGAGAGUAGAAUUUGUCCCAAUCAAGAUCAAGCUCCGUGAGAGCAAAAUGCCCUGAUUGCUGCACAGGGUUCUAUGCAAGCUUGUCAAAUCAUUCCUUGACCUUCAAUUUGAACACGCUGCGUUUUUCCAUAAUAAAACAACAGACCUUUC